CAAUGACAUUGACAUUUACAUUUAUUGGGUUGGAAAUAAUUGGUUGAAUGUAUAAAAAUAAAACAAAAUAAGAGUCCCAAAGUAUAUAAAUCAUUGUAUUUUUAGUGUUGUGUUGUAAUAAUAAGUAAGUAACUUAAAGUAAUUUACUAAAUAUUGUGUAACUGUAUUUUCAACUAAACAACUGAGCUAACAAUAUCCGUAAUCAAUGCCCUACAUUUUGAUCAGAGGUAAUCUCGCAUCGUACGGGCAUAAAAACCCUUGGCGUGUAUUGGUGUCCGGCUUAAAAGCUGGUGACAUAGAGCAACUUAAAAGAUUUGCAUGCGGUGGAUAUAGUGACGACUCCACGAUUGUUUAUCUGCAACAUCCUUGCGUAAUACUCAGCGCUUUAGAGGUGCUAGGUUAUAAAGUUGUUGCUUCAAGUUCAACAGCAGUGAAACAAGACUAUAAUGAGUAUAUGUGGACUAUGAGAAAAGAGUUUUCUGAACCUGAACCUUCUAUAAUUGUUGAACAAGACAAUAUAACAAACUUCAGUAAAGAGGCUAUGCACUAUCAACAUUCUAACAAGGACGAAGAGGUCUAAACAUAUCAAGUAAUUAUAAUUUUUAGAA